AUGGGACUUGUCAAGAAGCUCAUCCUCGGCGGCACCGCCUACGGCGUGGCCCGCGAAUUCAACAAGAGGCGCGAUCGCGAUAGCGAGGGGCAGACCCGGCAGCCCGCUCCCGAGCCCUACCCACCCCAGCACUCCCAACAACAAUACUACCAUCCUCCGCCGCCUCCUGCUUCCCAGCACCAGCAGCACCAGCAGCAACAGUACCAGCAAGGGCCGCCUGCAUACGAGCAGUACCAGCCUGCGCCAUCCAACUACCAGCCGCGACAAAACUGGGACGAGAAGCGAUAG